AUGACCGGUGACCUACGCCAUUUCAUUCCGAAAUACGCAUCGAUCGCUGAGCCCUCCAGCCCGCCAAAACUACUCUAUGGAAGGGUUCAACCAGUUAAAGGCGGAAGUAUUGAUGCUAACCUGUCUCGUGACCUCGGUCGGCCGAAAGACAAAAUCGAAGACUUCAUGAGAGACCUGGAUUUCUGUUAUGAAAAUUGGCUACGCCAAGCCGAAGAAAGCCGCACACGUGUGUUCACCCAAGUUCGGUUGCCGGAAUCCUUUCGACAUAAGUCUAUGGCAGACGUUGCUGCAGGUAUGGCGCGUCGAACACAUGCGGAUGAACAACCUCUUUGGAAGAAUGAACGCGCAAUCCAAGCUUCGUUAUGA